AUGACUGAUACAGGGGAUGAUCCCCUCAAUAUGGUCAUUUAUAAUACUAGAAACAGAUUAAGGGAACUUCAAAAAUCAAUUGGUGCUGAAAAUACAGAUUAUUCAACUCUUGUUUCUGAAAUCAAAGAUUUAUCAACCACAUUAAAACAAGAAUCUGAAGUAAUUUCAGCAAUACCGCCACAAACAUCAGAUGUCAUACCUCUUUUCAGACCCACAAUUACUACAGCUCGAAAAAAAGAAAAACAAAAUGUCCCACCAUUAGAUGAUGUUAGAUAUAAAGUUACAAAAGCAGCUGUUUUAAAGAAACAAUAUACAGUUAUUAAGAAAGACACAAAAAAAUUGCCUACUCUAAAAGGAAACGCAAAAUUUCAAGACGCUUCAACUCUAAUUGCGAAAGGAAUUCUCUCUCCGAGCGAUGAUUUAUCAAAUCUAUUACCAACUGUUGAACCUUCUUCUGGUCCAACUGGUUCUUUAUUAUUUCCAAAUAUACAUGUUGAUAUUGGAGCCGCAGCACGAGAGAUACAGAGGAAGAAAGCUUUAAAGACACAAAGACGUCAGAUUACAACACCAACUGCUAUUCUUACUACACCAAGAAUAAAUGAUUUACCAGAAGAAGUCAUAGAAAAGCCAGCUGAAGAGCCUCCAAAACCAAGAAUUUACGAAGACUUACAAGAUGAGUUUGCAUAUCAAACACUUCUCGUUGUUCACGGAAAGAUUGCUCGUGAAACACCAGAUUUUGAAUCUUUCCAACGUACAAACACUUCUCGGUGGGAAAGAAUUAACCAAAUCUUGCUUAAAAUCGAGGAAAUUUGUGCGAUAUUUAAACUUUCAUAUGCUGAAAUUGAUGGUAGAAAGUUAUCUCAAGCAUCUUUCUCAAAACAACUUGAUAUGGAUGUAGCUCUUGGUUGUUUGUUAAACAUAGAAGAAUAUGUUAAUAAAAUAAGAAAUCAGGCUGCAACAUUAAUACAGCGCAACUUCAGACUCUUUCUAGAGCGUCGUGAGUGCAAUAAUAGGAAGACUCUGUUCCAUGCUGCAUUAACAAUUCAGAAUUUCUGGCGCAAUCAAAAAUCAAAAGAAAUUUUCUUAAACGAGAUUCGAAAUAAUAUUGAAGAAAUUCCAAAUAGAGCAAUGGAUCUCACUAAUAAUAUGUCUGGAAAGUUUAAAGAUAUCGAAAAGGAUCCAUAUGUCGAAGUGCAUGUGAUAACAAAUCCAAUUGAUUUCCUUCGAGUUAUGGAUUUGAUGUUUACAAAUAUCACACUUAUACUCAUUGUUCAUUAUCUUCCACAGUCACAUAUAUGGGAAGACUUUUUGGAAUAUAUGGCGCACUGUGGUAUUCCAAAUGUGAAUGAACGAAUCAACUUUGUUAUCCUUAAAGAAACUUAUGGUGGAAAUGGAAUUUCCAAUCGUUUGUUCUUAGACAUGGUAAGUGUUAAUUACGUGAAAAAAUUAUUAUUUGGUAGAACAUCAUUUUUAGUUCCUCAUUCUGAUUGGGAUAUCGAGAGACAACUAUCACUUGAUCUCAAUAUUCCGAUCUUCGGAUCUAUUAAACCUGAAGAAAUAGAAUCUCGAACAGAAACAACUUCAGUUUUUCGAAAAUCAGGAAUUGUUACACCUUUAUCAACGAAAGAGUAUUUUGAUAUUGAAGAGCUUGGUAAUGAAGUAAUAGAGCUAAUGAGAAGCAAUACAGAUUUAACAAGGUGGAUAAUUCAUCUUGGUUGCAAUCAAUCAGAAGACGCCAUUGCUUGGUUCGAAUCAAAUCGAGAUAUUUUAUAUAGUCCUGAUUCUUUUGAAGAAAAAAUGAAACGAUCAAUUUCCGCUACAACAAAGCCUCAGAUAUUCCUUCAAAAGAUCAGCAUGUAUGGAGCUACUGUUGAAGCAGUUCCAAACAUUGUUUAUUCCUUCCCAAGUGUAUCACUCUUGCUUACAGGAAAUGAAAUCAGAGUCAUUGGAACAUACGAUCGAAUGCAUCAUUCUCCAUUCAGGUUUGGUGCUCUUGUUGCUCCAUCAGUUAGUAUUAAUGGUAUUGAAUUAGUAUCAAUGGGAAGAGCUGUAGGAUCAGAGCUUAUGAAGAGGAAUAUAAUAGGCUAUGUUACUGUAGAUUUCAUGACAUUCCAAGAUAAAAAUAUAAUGAGAACUAUUGGUUUUGGGAUAAGAUUGAAUAGCUAUCCUGCAGCCUUGCAGCUUGCUUAUUGUACACUUUCUGCAGGUUACAACGAGCAAAAAAACAAAAUUGUUUUAUUGCGGAAUAAUGGACAAGAACAAAUCAAAGGAAAGAAGUCAAGAUAUGUCAUAAUUCAUACUGGAUUAACCCAUAAUGCAUUAAAUGACUUUGGAUCUAAAGAUAUUAAGAGAAAUUGCUUCAAUCAUGGUUUCAUGUUUGAUUUGCUUAAUAGAACAGGUUUUAAAUUGCAAUUUUUAGAUGCUCCACCAGAAGGUAAAAGUUUCUCCAUGGUUAGCGCAACAUCUGUCGAUGCAGCAAUUGCAUUGUUUGAAAAAUCAUAUGAAUUCAUUGUUAGAAUGUUAUCUCAGAAAUGUCCAUCAGAUGAGAAUUCUAUUUCUCGAGCAUUAAUAAGUGCUAGGCAUUUCCAUUCGCGUGUUUUGAAAUAA